AUGAACUACGAUCUGCAAGUCACUCCAGAGCACAAGCUUGAAGUAGGGGGAACAAGCGAUGGAGAAAGGCCAAGCAUUGGGCCAGCAACCCAGCAAAACCUGGCCUCGAAGAUCUUCUCUUUAUGCUGUUGGGACUGUGAGGAACCCGUCGUCGAGAGCUCCCAGGUUCCCAGUCAAACUCAGGGGAGCCAGCCACAAAUCUACAGUCAGCAGACUCAGAAGAGUGAGUUAGGCAGUGAAGAUCUCAAGCACACUAAAAAACAGUCCGUCAUCGGUCAAGAAAAGAAAUACUCCACCAGCAGCAGUGAAUUUGAAGAGCUGACUGCGUACAAUAUACAAACUGGAUACCCUAAAAAGAAUCUAAGCCGCUACUACCAGGAGCACUGGAACUUCCAGCCGUGCCUCAUGGGGAGACCCUGA